UCCAUACAGAAAUUCGAAUCUCGGGAGUGGAAUACGUGCAGCAGAACGAGUUCCUCUGGUCAUGGCUUUGAGACGUCAUGGGGAGUUCUACUGACCAAGUAUAAACCGCGGCCGGAUUUCGCGACGACUUAGGGAUGAUGGUUGGCUUAUAACGGCGUCGUGCCUCAGUCGCCCUAUGAAACCGACGAACGGAAAGCUCCACGAACCAUCGCAUGUAAUCCCACUCAAUCGCGAUCCGUCCAAGGCGCGAUUCUCGGGGUCUCUUUUCUUCGCCAUGGCCCCGCGGCUCGCGCUUUUUCUCGUGCUCCUCUCCCUCCUCCACGUCGCGCUCCCCCAUCCCAUCCCCGCGCCUUCCGCGCCAUGCGCCGCGCGGGUGGUUGCGCGGAGCCUCGAGGGUCGCGGGGCGCACCGCCUGCUGCGGACGUCGCUCCACGUGGCUUGCCGCGCCGGCCCGUUCCGUCCACGUCAGGCGGGCGAUGCACACGUGGCGUGCGGAGAACCGCACGGUAGAGUGGGUCGCUGCGACUCGGGUGGGGUUGCAGGGGUGAUGGGAGGAGAGGGAGAGGAGGGAGGAGAGAAGGAGCGGAAGACGGGUGGGUGCAGAGCGGUGCCAGAGCAGCAAGGCCAGCUCAGAAGCUGCAGUGCGGGUGAAAUUUUGGGAAGCGGUGGGCCGGCAGGGGGGACACGUGUCACGAUACGAGUGGAGCAGCCGGUACCUCGUGGGCUGUAUGCUGAUCCGUUUGAACUGGAGAGAGUUGAACGAUCAGCCAGCGACCGAGCCUGGGUGGUAGGUCCGGUGGAGCUGGAGCAGCCUGCGCCUCGGUGCGAACCAACGGUGGUGGCGAUGGAGAGAGACGUGGGUGUGGCGUUGGGGACGGGCACAGGGGAUGUGAAGGUGGGGGUGGACAGUCGGCAGCAUGGGAGGGAAGGAAGCAGGGGGGAGGAAGCUGGAGAAGACGACGUUUCUUUUUCCGUGGAGUUCACUCUGCCACUGCACUCCCGAUACCCGGCUGUGCUGCCAGCUCUCUUCCCACCACUCUCCCCUCAAUCCCUCCUCCUCUCCGCCUCUCACUCCCUCCUCGCCCUCACCUCCCUCUCUUGGAACUUACAACAGCUUAAAGCGGCCUUUCACUGGAGCUACUCCUCCCUCUCUGCUCUUCCACGUGCCGUCACUGGCAGCUGCAACCAAUCGUAUGCGGCGGUUUUCGUGCCCUUUCCCUCUGCAUGCGUCGUGCUCCCUCCUCCCGCAAUCUGCACAUCAUCACUAUCAUCACUAUCAUCACUAUCACCACCAGCAUCACCAGCAUCACCCGCAUCACCGGCAUCACCAUCUAAUUCCGUUUCUAUACCCUACUGUGAGUGCCUUCCCAUACCCCUCAACUGGUCAUUACGGAACAAAGCUGCACAAGAAGAAUUGGCAGAGUCAGCAGCAGAGGCGGCAGCGGCGGCAGCAGCAGCAGAUCAGAGUGGAGAGUCGAAAGCAGCUGGACAGAAACCAGCGGCAGCAGCAGCAGCAGCAGUAGCAGGAACGGGAGUUGGACAUGGGGAUGAGGGGGCAGCACUGCUAUGGGAGGUACCUGCAGGCUGUGCUGCGCACACGGCUCUUGUGCUCUGGGGCACGUCCCUUGCUGCUGCGGUGGGGGCUCUGGUGCUGGUGAUGGUGGCUGCUGGUACUCCGGUGCACACAGGGGGAAUGAAUUGGGAGAGGUGAGAGACCAAGCAGCAGGCUGGGGUGCGCACACUCCUCUUGUGCUUUGGGGCACGGUCCUGGCUGCUGACGUGCGCACACGCCUCUUGUGUUUUGGGGCACGUCCCUGGCUGCUGAGGUGCGCACACGCCUCUUGUGCUUUGGGGCACGCCUCUGCGCCCUUUGGUGCUAGUUGCGGAUGCUGCUGCCACUUCAGUGCCUGUAGGAGUGAGAAGGGAGAGGUGAGAGAGCAAGCAGUUCGGCCAUCCUGCUUUGGGGCACGCUGCACUUCCCUUGCUGCUGUGGUGGGGGCACUGGUGCUAUUGCUGUGACCGUUUUGCUACUCCAGUGCGCACAAGAGACGCAAAGAGGGGGUGAGGAAUGAGGGCGGGUGAAUGUAGGUUGGAACAGCAGGCAGUGUGGGCGGGCGGAGAUUGGCCGGAGAUCUCAGCAGCAGCACACAUCUCAAAUGAUUUCUUUUGGAAGUGAAAGUUUUGAAUGGGUAAUAAAACCACUGAACCAUUUGUAUUUGAUUAUGUACAGAUUACACCAGCUGGAAGAGUAUUCUACAGAAGGAAGUCCCCCCAGACCACAGCUUCACAGUUUCAGCAUCCCUUCACAUGUCCAUGCCUUCCAACUGCAGAACCCAUCAGAAUUUUAGGCGCCUCAAAGCAGCCCCUGGUUUCAGCGCCCCUUGCUUGUAUCCACUCCCUUGGACCGCAGGGCCUCGUCGCCGCUCUUCUCCAUCGUAAACUGCCC